UGGCGCACACUGGCGGGGCAGAAGUCCGGGCUCACACCCUGGUGUUUGUCCGCCCAGAGUUUGUGAAAUAUUUUCCAGUAAUCGGAGCCAGGCGGGUCCCCGCGUUUUAAGCGCUCCCCGCUCGGGAUACCCCGCAGUUGCCAAGCCGUGCAAGAGUCGUCUCCUCCACGCAGUCCUCCUUCUCCCUCAGCUCACCACAACCUCCACCACCACCACCAGCAACCACCACAACAAACAAACACGUUUCCACGGGUCCAGUUCCCUGUGCACGUGUGCGCAGUGCCCGUCAGUCGGAGCGCGUGUUCUUGCAGUGGUGCGGCGCUCUCAUAGAUAUCAGCCAUGGGUGAUGAUGGAGCACGGGAGGUGAUGGUGGCAUCCAACAGCCAGCCCAGUGCACAGUUGGACGGCGAGGUCGCGUCCAGCCCUGGCGCUCAGUUGAUCCUCGAAGAGGCGGCCUCCACCCCCGAGCCAACCGGCAAAGGCAGCUCCUCCACGAGCCCCGAGAGCCUGAGCACGCCCGUGUACAGCCCCGAGGCCAGCGUCCCGGCCUCCGGCUUCGAGGCAGGUGCGUCCACCUCCGAGCCGAGCGGCAAGGCAGCCUCCAGCCCACCCAGAAAUGGUGUGCUGGAGGAGCCGAGCGUCGGCAAGCGGGACGCCAGCCUGGCACGCACGGACAAGAGCCAGGACUCGAGCCCCAACCUGAGCCCAAAUCAGAGUCCCGUGGGCAGCCUCAUCCGCGACAGCUCGCAGGUGAACGCCAUCAGCGUGCUCACGCUGCUGGACAAGCUGCUGCACAUGGUGGAGGGCGUGCAGGAGGCGCAGCACUCGAUGGAGGCGCGGCAGGGCGAGGUGGAGAAAGCCGUGAGCCUCAUCCAGGGCGAGGUGGCCGACUUCUCGAAGGCGCAAGCCGAGACGGGUGCCACAGUGAGACAGGUGCUGGACAAGGCCCGCAAGGUGAGCGCCAACGUGAAGGACGUGCGCGCUCGCCUGGAGAAGCAGAGCCACGACGUGAAGAAGCUCGAGAACAACCACGCCGAGCUCAUCAAGAGGAGCAACUUUCGCAUCAUGGUCUACCAGGAGGGCUCCGACACACCCACGAGUGCCGUGCUGGCUCGACGUCGCCCACCUCCGGGGGUGGAAGCCGGGGAAGUCGAGGAGGGGGUGGACGCACAAGAUGGGCAGGAGGGCGAGGCGAGCCCCACGUGGGAGGUGCUCGACCUGUCCGAGGACGAAGACCUGGAGAUGAUCGAGGCGCCCGGCAGCAAGACCGCACGCCUGCGCAAGAGCGGGCAGAAGGGCGUCGAUACGCUGCGCAAAGCCUUCUCCCGUCACACCCUCGAGAAGCGAGUCAACAAGCUGGUGUCGCCCGAGAGGCGCGAGAAGAUCCGGCAAACGCUCACGCUGAGGCCUGGCCACUCGGCACCCUCUCAGGAGGCCUCCGCAGCAGAAGGGCAUGCGGAUGAGGGUCAGGAAGCGCACGGGGAGGAGGAGAUCUUCGUGAGCGAUGGUCAGGCAACAGCAAAUGCACCCGGAGCGCCCGAGAAGACCACCAACAAGCGCAUCGACACCAUGAAGAGAGCACUCACGCGCCAGAGCAUAGAGAAGAAGGUCAACAAGUUGGGAAUGAAGAUCGUGCCACAAGAUCGACGCGAUAAGAUCCGAAAAUCAUUUGUGCCUGAGCAUAAAAAGCCAACGCGUGCCAACGUCUCGUCCUUCAAGGUGCCGCCUUUCAAGUUCACGGUGAAGAAGAUCCGCGAGGGCGACGUGGUGGAGAUGGAAGAAUACCAGAUCGACGCAGCCAACGUGGAGUUCUUGCAGAGCGACGGUUCCCUUUCUGAUGUCAACAUGGAGGAGGUGAUGCAGUCGGCCGCGAUAACCCUCGACUCGGACGGGAAGGCCGGCCAGACCGUGCCGCUGUCCUUCACCGUUCGGCUCGGGGAGAAUGAGGAGCCAGCCGUCCUCACUUUGCAGCAGAAGUCUUAGGAGGUGAACGUUCAUGCAAAUGGAAAAGCACCGUGCAAACGAGUCCAAAGCCCCGCUACACUUGUGUUAAAGUGCCAAAAUGUGAUGUGCUGUAAUGGUGAACACGUUGCCGAUCAAACCGAUUGAAUGUUUACCACAGUGCUGCACCCUGCAAGACGGAAUGUGUUUUAUUUUUCAGAGAUGGAGGGAGGAGGUAUCGUGUAGGUUGUAUUGCAACCACUGGGUCGUCGUAAAGGAAGUGAUUUGAAGGCCAAAGAAUAAUUAGAAAGAUGGCUACAAGAUGAAUGUUGCUAGUACGCUGCAUUCAGUUUGUUUUAAUAACGGAUUGAUUACAUGCUGCAAUGAUACAUUAUCACCGUUAAUGGAAAGUCCAAAAUAUAUAUGGGCACUGGUAAACAUAAUGUAUCAUUUAGCACAACAAAACCAAACAAAUAGUGUUUUUUUUCCAGUAUUAAAAUGUCCAGUUGCAUACAAAUUAGAAUUUAAGCUAACAUAGCUUUGGUUGCUUACAGUACUCAGAUGCCUCGUUUAAUACAUGCUUAAGUGCUCUUAUACUGUAGUUCUGCAUGAUAGAAAAUAAGCAUAUAUAACAUUAGCUUCAUAAAUGCAGUAAAAUAAAUAGUGAUUUUACUUUGACAAGUAUUUUUAUGCUACAAUCUAUAACAUCUCUCGCGUAAAUAUAACUUUAGUUGCCUUUAUAUUACCAAAGCAUAGCAUCAAAUCAACAUGUAUUCAUGGUUAUCUACAAAAAUGCAACUGAAUAUUGGAUGAACCUAAUAAAGCUUAAUCUUUAAAAUUA